AUGGAGUUGGACAGUCGUUUGAAAGCCUACCGCAUCGUCGCUUACUCGGCUGUUACAUUUUCCGCCUUCUCUAUACUCUCCUUAUGCAUAACAAUCCCAAUGACUCAUAGCUACGUGAACCAUAUGAAAAGAAGCUUAAAUCAAGAAAUCCAUAACUGCAAGAAAACGGCCUUUAAUAUCUUGGAGGAAGUUUCUCAUAUCAAUAACUUCCUUCCCGCAAACAGAACAGUUCGGCAGGCAGACUAUCAUGAAGUGCAACGAGAUAAAAACAAGCCCAGCAAGGAAGACACCUGCAGCGAAUGCUGCGCUCCAGGUCCUGAAGGGGUGGCAGGAGAACCUGGCCGUCCUGGAAAACCAGGAAGAUCUGGAGUGCCCGGAAUGCCGGGAAAUCCCGGCAGGCCAUUAGCGAUCGAAUGUGAGCAAAGAACUCCUCCACCAUGCGAACCAUGUCCGUCAGGAACUCCAGGCUUGAAGGGACCGAAAGGAUUACCGGGAAAACCAGGAGACGAUGGUAAACCAGGAUUGCCUGGCUGCGACGGAGCACCUGGUGAACCAGGUCCAAAUGGUCCUCCAGGACCAUGCGGAGCACCUGGACCACCUGGAAAACAAGGACAGAAAGGCGAAUCUGCAUAUGAUCUUCCCGAUAUUCCUGGUGAACCUGGAAUUCAGGGACCCGUUGGACCAGAAGGACCUCCGGGACUUCAAGGAAAGCCGGGAAAAGCUGGUGUAUCAGGUAAGCCUGGACCAAAAGGAUCUCCUGGUCUGAUAGGAAAAACGGGUGAAGCUGGAAAGCCAGGACUUCCUGGGCAAGAUGGAUUACCUGGUAAGAAGGGAGAGCCCGGUAUUUGUCCCAGAUACUGUACAACGGAUGGCGGCGUUUUCUUCGAGGAUGGCAGCAGUCGAUAG